AGCAGCACUGUGAAAAGCACUCAACACACACACACACACACACACACACACACACACACACACACUCACACACACAGAGAGAAGAGGGAGCCGGAGGAAGAGUAAACACAGGAUUGCGCACGAGAAAUGAUCCGCUCCUAGACUAUGGCACCGUCGGGCUCGCGUAGUAUCAAGAAGGGCUGUCAGAGAGUUUUGUACUGGAUCCCGGUCGUCUUCAUCGCCCUCAUAGUGGCUUGGUCAUACUACGCCUAUGUUUUGCAGCUUUGCAUAGAGUCUAUCGAAAACACGGGAGAGAAGGUUGUGUACUUGCUGGUGUACCAUGUCAUUUUCAUCAUGUUUGUGUGGGCGUACUGGCAAACCAUCUUCACCAAGCCCAUGAACCCCCUGAAGGAGUUUCACCUGUCCUACUCUGACAAAGAGUUGUUGGAGCGUGAAGAUCGAGGAGAGUCUCAGCAGGAGAUCCUGAGGAGGAUAGCCAAGGAUCUGCCCAUCUACACCCGUACCAACUCUGGAGCAAUCCGUUUCUGUGACCGCUGCCAGCUGCUGAAGCCUGAUCGAUGUCACCAUUGUUCAGUCUGUGAUAAAUGCAUCCUGAAGAUGGAUCACCACUGCCCGUGGGUGAACAACUGUGUGGGAUUCUCCAACUACAAGUUCUUCAUGCUGUUCUUGGCGUACUCGCUACUCUACUGCCUUUUUAUAACUGCUACCGAUCUUCAAUACUUCAUAAAAUUUUGGACUAACGGACUCCCAGACACUCAGGCGAAGUUCCACAUCCUGUUCCUCUUCUUCUCGGCCUCCAUGUUUUCAGUCAGCCUGGCUUCGCUUUUCAUCUACCACUGCUGGCUCGUCUGCAAGAACCGAUCCACUCUGGAGGCUGUGCGUUCUCCAGUGUUUCGCCACGGCACAGACAAGAACGGUUUCAGUCUGGGCUUCAGUAAGAACUUCCGCCAGGUCUUUGGUGAUGAAGUGAAAUACUGGCCCAUUCCUGUUUUCUCCAGUUUAGGGGACGGUUGCUCGUUCCCAACAUGUCUGGUGAAUCUGGAUCCCGAGCAGCCCUCAUCUCCCACUGGCUCCAACCCUGCCAACAAGAUUGCAGCAGAGGGCCGCCAGUUCCCCUCCAAGCCACUGAGGGAGUCUCAGAGUCGG